AAUUGUUUUUAUUAACAAAUAAAAAAACAUAUAAUUUCCCAGAGGAAAAAUAUCAGUGAGUCGAUGAUUAUUUUUGGGCUAAAUCGGUAAAAUAAAAAGCAGGAGAGGAGAUAGAAGAGAGCAUGGGAUGGGAUGAUGAGGAUAACGUAGAGACGUGAUAUGGUUAUAGAAGCUGACGUCACUCUCAAACCGCGAUUCAAGGAUCUUUCAUCUGUUUUUGUUUUGUCUUCUCUGUGUAUAUAUAUACAUAAGAGUAUCAAUGUCUACGGCUUCUUGGAUUCAGCCUCCUUGUAGAUUCUUACCAGAUCGUGGUGGUGGUGGUUUCGCUAAGUCAAGCUUAAGCAGAACGCGACAGUUUCCCGGCGUCGUUUCUUCUUCAUCGUGCUCUUGUGGCUAUUCCGAGAUUUUGAAUUUCGAUUUCGGGUCUAGCAGAAGCUGGAACCAUCAGGGACUCAGGGUUCAAGCAAUGAGUGCCACUGCCCAACGGAAAUUUUCGCUAUCUAAAGGUGACGCCGAUGAGAAAAUUGAACCUGAUCACCUUCUUGUUCUUGUACACGGUAUCUUGGCCAGUCCUAGCGACUGGCUCUACGUAGAAGCUGAGAUGAAAAGACGCCUUGGAAGAAGAUUCUUGAUUUAUGCAAGUUCUUCAAAUACCUUCACUAAAACGUUUGGCGGGAUCGAUGGAGCUGGGAAACGAUUAGCAGAAGAGGUUAGACAAGUUAUCCAAAAGAGCAAGAGCUUAAAGAAGAUAUCCUUUUUAGCCCACUCCCUCGGCGGCUUAUUUGCCAGACAUGCUGUUGCUGUUCUUUACUCGGCAGCAGCCAGUGAUGGUGCUGCUGUCUCUAACUCUGGGAAUUCACAUCUUCCGAGAGUUUUGCUGGCUGGGCUCGAGCCGAUUAAUUUCAUCACCUUGGCAACACCUCAUUUGGGAGUGAGAGGCAGAAAGCAGCUGCCUUUCUUGUUGGGAGUUCCUAUAUUAGAAAGACUCGCUGCACCAUUAGCUCCAUUCGUUGUUGGCCGGACUGGUAGCCAGUUGUUUCUUACUGAUGGUAAAGCUGAUAAGCCACCUCUUCUCUUGAGGAUGGCAUCCGAUUGUGAAGAUCUGAAAUUCUUAUCGUCCUUGGGAUCGUUCCGAAGCCGCAUCGUGUAUGCAAACGUAUCUUAUGACCACAUGGUUGGCUGGCGUACAUCUUCCAUAAGGAGAGAAACUGAACUUUUCAAGCCUCCACGCCGGUCUCUUGAUGGAUACAAGCAUGUUGUCGAUGUAGAAUACUGUCCUCCUGUUUCGUCGGAUGGAGCCCAUUUUCCUCCAGAAGCUGCUAAAGCCAAGGAAGCCGCACAAAGCUCGCCUAGUCCUCAGAACACACUCGAGUAUCAUGAAAUAGUUGAAGAUGAGAUGAUCCGUGGCCUGCAGACUUUAGGGUGGAAGAAAGUUGAUGUCAGCUUCCACUCAACGUUCUGGCCUUACUUAGCUCAUAACAACAUUCACGUGAAAAGUGAAAGACUAUACAAAGCAGGAGCUGGAGUUGUUGCCCAUGUUGCAGAUAGCAUAAAACAGCAAGAGACGUCCACGUUCAUCACUGCCAGCUUAUAGACUGUGUAAAGUCGGUCGAGUGUUUAACCGGUUGAUGUUGAUUUCCGGUUGCUUUUCUAUGAACCAUUUCUGUGUUUUUUUUACUAUACAGUUUGGGAGAUUGGUCCGGAUUAAGAACUUUCAGUCUUACUUUUUCCUUUUUCCAAUUCGUCUGUACAUUAUUUUCUUGUAUUACCUUGGUGAUUUUACAACACUUGAAAGUUGGUAUAGAAAUAUACAUAUUUUUGUUCCAA